CUUUCAGCGUUCACGUGUAACGGUUGUGUGUUGAUGCGCAGCUACGGGCCGUAAAGGCGUUUGUUGAGUGAGUCGAAAGUUGUUGUCGUUGUGCCGGUUCUUCUGGUGAAGCUGUUGGCGCGCUGAUUCGAGAUUUUUGUUGUUGUUGAAGCUUUUUUGGAGCUCUCUGUGGGGACGCGAAGGGUGCUGUCCCAGGUUGUGACGGCGGCGGGUGUAAAUUUUUGUGUGUCGGUGGACAUCCGAGUCGCGAAGAAGUGAAAGAGAGAGGGAGAAAGGUGUGUGUAGUACAACUGGGGCCUGUCCGCGCCCAAAAACAUCCCGCGAGAAGAUUUCACUCGCGGAGGUCUCCCAAGUGUUGGGUGGUUGUUGUUGUGGUGUUGUGUCCUAGAAAGAGUUCAACAGGUUAUCCGCGCUCAGCAGUCUCGAGGAUUACUACAGCCGAGAAGGGAAUCACUGGCGGUGACCGGACCGUCAAGCGAGCUUCAGCAAAGCUUAAGAACAAUCGCCAGCGUCCAGUCGAGAAAGGAUCCACGUCCGCGGAUGUUCCGAAACAGUUGAGCAAACUUUCUUAACGAAGUGUAUUCUUGUUCCGGAAACGUCACGUCACUUCCGUUGCUACCGGGCAAAAAAAAAGCAGAAAGAAAAAGGAUUUUCCGCUGCCGGCAAGCGAACAAUCAAAUACGAAUAAAUCUGCUGGUGGGUUGCGAGAGAGUGGUGAGCGGAAUUGCACUUUUUUAUCGGUAGAUUUUUUUUCUACUGCAAAGUUUCACGGAAAAAAGCGAAACCAAAAUUGCAAAGUGUACCAGACGUUGAGGAAGAAAUUAAAACUAAAUAAAAGCGAAAUAAAAAGAAAAUAAGGAACGACCGUCUGAAGUGUGCCUGUUGGAAGUCAAGUGUCGGUUGAAGAAGAAAAAAAAGUGGAAACUAGUCGGGGUUCUGUUUGAAGGUGAAGUGUAUUGAAUUAAGUUUUGCGAUUUAUUGGAAGAUCCUGAGAAGGGAGAAAAAAUCGUUGAAAUUUUUACAGCGAGCUCAACUUACAGCACACAAGUGAAAACUCUCCCUUUUGGCUCGCCAUAAUCGAUAGCCUCAUGUGCAGUGGAAAGUGACAGGUGACACUCACGUCAGCAAAAGUCAGUUGCAGCAGCGAGUCAAACGCGUCGUGGCUUAGACGGAGACCUCCCGGAGACGGUAGUCGUGAUGUUAAAGUGAAGAUUAUACUUACCCCAGUUGACAUCUUAAAGAUUUGCACUUUACAACUGAUAAGAUUUCGCUGAACCCACAACGAUACACCCACUCAUUUCGCACGAUGGGAAAACUCACCUUUUCGCAGCACGCAGCAUAAAUCUUUAGCAUGAGUUCCUACCGGCGCUCGGCGGUGCUCGACGGGACCAUAAAUGCCAGCGGUACAAGUGUCAUAAUUUACCACCAACACAACGGCACCGGCAAUCACAUUGUCUAGCACGGAGAAAACAACAAGAAGAAGCAGCAAAAUAUCAGCCAUAGUGAGAGUGAUUUGCGCGGUUUUUUUUUUCUUAAGCUGUAAAUAGUUUGUGCAAAAGUGAAGAAACAAAAACAACAGCCCGGGUGUACAUAAUCCGUUUUAGUCGCACUUGCUGGACCAGAAGCAGCCCCGUUUGGUUGAUGUUGAUUGAAGCCCGUGAACACACGACAAAGUUUCAGUCCGCUGCAAGUACUACCGUGUAGAAUCCGAUCCGGGAGAAAUACACGGGAAAAAAGUUACCACUAGUCGAAUCAGAGUUGCAAAAGUUUUAUGCAACCCUGCAACCCCGGGGAAAAAGAGUAAAGUGAAGCUGAGUGAAAAAUUAAUGAGUAAAGUUGUGUGAUUUGUGCUAGCCAAAGGGCAACGAAAGGGAAAAAUUGUUGCAAACGUGUUGCAAGGUUACGAAAAUCGAGCUUGAUACAGUUUACAACUCGAGUACGGAGUUGUUUGACAAGGAAAAGUUGAAGCGACAAAGGUUUAACGAUAAACAAGUUGUUGUAAUCAGAUAAAAAGGAUUCACAAUGGAGACCGAGGAAAUCAUCAAACUGGUCGACGGAAUUUAUAAGAAUAUCCUCGAGAAGUUCAACCCCGGAGCGCGACAGCUGAUCAGCGCCGGCAAAGCGUACCUGAAGGCCCUCCAUGGAGCGUCGGCGGCUUCCAACCUGUUCAACGAGGCCCUGGCCAAGAUUGCGGUCAACGCGCAGCAAGGCGGCACCAUCGAUAUCGGUUCCGCCCUGAUGAACAUCGUCGGAGUCUACAAAGAGAUCCAGGACCAGCACAUGAACAUUCUUAAAGCGUUCUACGUGGACCUGCUGGUGCCGCUGGAGACAAACCUGGAGAAGGACACCAAGGUGGUGCAGUUCGAGCAGAAGAAGUUUCUGCAGCAGCACAAGCUUCGCUCGGACGGUUACAGCAAGGCGGCGACCACGAUGAAGAAGUACCGCAAGAAGAACUCCAAGAGUUCGGCCAAGGACGCCGAGAAGGAGAUCAAGAGCAUCCAGACGUUCGAGGAGGAGAAGCACAAGCUGGACCAGUUCUGCGAGUACAGCUUGAAGAACGCGAUGACGCAGGAGCGGCGCCGGUACGGGUUUGUGCUGGAGCGGCAGUGCUCGCUGGCGAAACACUGGAUGGCGUACCACCACUCGGGACAUCUGAUCAUCGAAAAGUCACUGGAAAACUGGAACGACGUUGCCGCUACGAGGGAAUUUUUGCCACCGAACGUUGAGAACAUGUUCAUAACUAAACAGCUGAAGGAUAUGGAAGACGAUGACGACGAUGCGCAGUCGAUUGCGUCGCAACUCCGCAAGACCCGGUCGAUCGACGCUUCCUGUCUGGACAUGCGAUCGCUGGGCGAUGUGGUGAACAGCUCGAUGAUGCAGAUGCCUCGUGCCAAGUCGGAGUUCAACCUGAACAACAGCAGUGCCACCAGCGUUAGCACCCUCGUCGGGGUUGGCGUCCCGGGAGGACACAUGAUGAGUGCCACGCUGAAGAGCUCGGACACUAGCCAGUGGGAACGCCCGACGGUUAAGGCCUUGUACGCGUACUUGUCAUCCGGGGAGAAUCAGCUGAGCUUCCUGGAAGGCGACCGGAUCGCGCUGGUUGGGGACCGUGCCAAGGGUUGGCAGUUUGGUGAGAAUCUGCGAACGCAGAAGUUUGGCUGGUUCCCGAUUGCGUACGCCGAGAAUGAACGCGAUAACGACAAAGAGAGCAUCAGCGAAUGGGUCAAGGCGCCGCCCAGUGAAAUCGAAGUUGACAACACGCCCGACUCAUCGCUCGAGUCCACCCUGGUAGACGACAACAUGUCCAAAAGUGCCAACUCGUACCCCCCAGAGGAGGUCUCCCCGACGCGCAUGUUCGGCGACACCAUCCAGUACCGCCAGUCCAAGCAGUUCCGCCGACUGUCGCGCGGAGAAAAGCCACCCAAGCCGGGCCCACCACCACAGCUCCCGGCCCCCGUCCCCACCCCGGUCGUGCCAAACUACAGUAAGCCCCAGGGCAUCCCCCAGUCCAACAGCUUCUCCUCGUCCGGCGGAGCGCCGAUGGUCGAGAAGCGCAAGACUCCGUCCGCUACGAUCAACUUUAACAAGCCGCAGUCGGCCAGCAAGCCGUCGAAAGCGUCCCGCAACGGAAUCGCCAGUGCCUCGCUGCACAGCAGCAACGACAGCGGCUUCUCGAACGAGCCGCAGCCCCAGCCGGAGGUGGAGAUGUACUCGGACGAGGAAACCGUCAAUCGGGUGCCGAUAAGAUCGUCCCGCUCGGAGAAGAACCUCUCGUCGCCGCGCUCCAACGAACGUGACUUGAGCGACCAUCGGUACCGUUACAACAGCCGCGGCGGCGGCGGCGGCGAUCCGUCCAUGAUGCCCGACGACGACGACGACAUCUACGGCACGAUCGUUCCACCACGCCGUCAGCACAUGCGCCAGGCGAACAGCUUCGGCAACAUCGCGGACAGCAACGCGGGAACGCUGGAGUACGGGUACCGGUCGCGGACGCGAAUGUCCGAGGGUCACCCGAACGGUGGUCCGAAUCAGAGCGAUUCGCAGAAGAUCAAGCGCACCAAGUCGUUCUGGAAGUUCUCCAAGUCGCAGGAUCAUAUUCUGGAGGGGAUGGCCAUGUGGAAGCACAACGACAUCAUUCCUACCGGUCGGGAGAAGCGCGAAAUGGAGAAGAAGGAAGCGACGCUGAAGCGGAACAUGCGCAAGAAGGAGCAGAUCGAGAAGCAGAAGCAGAAGGAGAUGAUCGCGGUGAAGGAGGCGGAGGAAGCGGCUGCUCGGAAGAAGGAGCAGCAGAUGAGACAGAUGGGUGCGAUGGAGAGCGGAACGCUGAUGAGGAAUCGGGAGAGGGAGCGAGAGCGGGAUCACGACAGGGCAGAGCGGGAGCACCGCGAGAGACCGCACAGCAUUGCGAUGAUGCCGGAGCAGGAAAAGUUCCCGAUCACGAAGUCGGACAUUGACAAGCGGAUUUCCAAGCUGGACGAGAUGCAGCAGCAGCAGCAGCAGAAGAAGGUUAGUCAGCCGAGGCAGGAACGCCAGGAACGGAUGGAGAGACAAGAUCGCCAGGAUAGACACGAGCGACAGGAUCGGCAGGAGCGUCAGGAGCGGCACGAGCGACAAGACAGACAAGAUCGAGCGGAGCGAAUGGACAGACACGAUCGCCAGGACAGGCAAGACCGUCACGAGCGUGAUCGCCGCCACGAAGAGUCCGACCGCAAGCCGUCCAAGUCAAGCAAGCAGCAACAGCAGCAGCAACAGGAUAGCAACAACAACCGAAACAGCUACGUCAACAGGUUGGAGCAGGAGGAGCAGAUCUACGGAGAGUCGAUGCAACAGCAGGUGAAGGGCAAGGACAAGUACCGUACCAGCGAGCGGGAAAGCAGCAAGAACCGGAACAACGAUGCGCUGAACAAGUACUACCAGGAUCAGCACUUUGACGACUUUGCGAUCAUCCCGAGCGACUCGAUCAUGAUCCAGGACACGAGCUUCUACGACGACGAUGGCAUGAUGGACGACGACAUGAUGCUGAUGAAGACGGUACGCCGAAAGGAGAUCCUCAAGCAGUACUACUCCAGCGGUACCGACACCGAGCGCAACUCGUCCAGCUCCGACGCGUAUGACUGCAUCGUGGUGGACGAUCACCUUGUUUCCGCCGCCGACAUGAUGAUGAGGAAAAAUCGAGGAGACAAGAGCCGCUCCGAAGCUCGCAAGUCCAACGGCGAGUCCUCCAACAACCGCAUGGAAAACACCCCCAAGCAAGAGGAAAAAAUGACCUUCUCGACGUUCCGUGGCACCGCCGUCGACGACGACGAAGCCAUGAUGAUGCUGGAGGACGAAAUGAUGGACGAACCGCCGCGGGACACCCGCCGCUCCAAGCUGUCCAAAGCGAACAGCACCGGCGCGAUGCACAUGGACAAGUACGAGUCGGAGCAGGAGUCGCGCAUCAGCGCCAAGGUGACCAACAACGGCAACCAGAAGCGCAAGUCAACCAAGUCGACGGCAUCGGACGGGAAGGCGUACGGGCCGUGGUACGACCUGUGGGGCGCCGAGGGGUCCACGAUGCAGAGUCAGAAGUAGGGAUGAUCAGCACCCACGUACACCAUCAUCGACACCAUAAAACCCCGUCCCCUAAGGUUAGUCAAUCUUUAUCGCUGGCGUAAAGAUUGAGUUUAAUCAGCUUGCAAUAGUAUUUCCAGGAGCUUUUCUACAACAGUCGCGUAACGGAUCCGUUUGAGCGCUAGGUUGCGUGGAAGAGCUGAAUUAAAGUUUUGGUAAAAAGCCAGAAAUUCUUUGUUUUGAAGUCAAUUUUAAUCAAGCUUCCCUGCACCGUGCGGUACACGCGGUUCAACUGUACCUCGGGUUUGCUUUGCGCCUGCUUUGUUCGGUUUACACCCGUACCCGACUCACACGAACCGAGGGUAUUUUGGUUCAUCGUACCAGCGCACCACGACACUCUCGGUUUGCCACGUCGGUUUUGUGUCUGGCACUCACCCAUGGCAUGAACCCGGUAUAUGAGCCAAGGUGCUUCACUCGUCACGAGCCGAGGUACGUGCCGUGGUACGCGCUGGCGGUACAAAACGGGUUCAAUACCACGACACGUACCACGGCACGCUGUGUUCAUGCCAUGGGUGAGUGCCAGACACAAAACCGAUGGGGCGAGCCGAGAGUGUCGUGGUGCGCUGGUACGAUGUACCAAGAUACCAAUACAAAAAUGGGUUCAGGCACGUACCGAAGCUAGAAAACCAAACCCGCGGUGUGCGUUGGCACGGGCGCAUGGGAAGCUUGAUUUUAAUUAAAAUCCAUCGAUCAACUCUCACUAUAGCCAUCUAGUUGUGAACGGCAGUGGUGAAUAUAAACAUUCCGUGGUGAGUUUCCAAUCGUUCGAAUUGACCGUUGAAUUGUUGAUCAACGUUAUUCAAAGAGAUUUAUUUAUUUUCAAAGAAAUUUUAUGACUUUUAAGCGAAACUUUAAUUCGACUUUCAAACGCAACUGAGUGUAAAUGUAAUUCAUAGAAGGUCACGAAGCAGUCACACUAAAGUGUCGACACAGACAAGAGACACACACACAUCUGAGACACGUUAAACAGCCGGAAGCAAUCGAAUCGGUGACCCUGCAGAAAAGUGCAAACCAGCAACUCCAACCCAACUCAACAACCCUGACAACCCCGAUAUGAACUUUAAUGCGCUCAAUUUUUACACAACAUUUAGGUUAGGUUUAUUGUGUAUGAUUCUCUUUUUAAGUUUUCUAGCUGUAAGCGACUAAACCUUAUUGUUACAAUUACCGUUGAGUUUGUUUUUAGAGACUUUAUUUACACCUCUUUUGUUUGCCCUUUACACUUAAACUCCAUUUUUGAAAAGGAUCGAUUCCGAAUCGACUAGCGAAGUUUGGUGCUCACAUACUGUUUUUGUAGAAAAAAGAGUAGAUUCUAGUUUUAUUAUUGUUACGGAAAUUAUCAACCAUUAUAAAGUUUAGGCAAAUUAUGACUUCUUUUCGGUUACGGACUUCUAUUGCUAACUCUUUACUUCUCAUCAUUUUGAUUUUAUCUUUCCCACUUUAGGCUUAAGUUACAACUCAUGUUAGUCAAUAUCUGUAACGCCUUUCGAACGGGUAGCCCCCCAAAAAAUCGUAUGAACGCCGUGUUCUAGUUUUACCAUUACCAACAUAAGUGAGAAACCACUAGCGUAAGAGCAGAGUAUUUUCGAGUAUUAUUUUCUAGGGACAGAAACUUUACUUUUAAACCACGUGAGGAUGGAACCUGUUAUAAACACGAACUAAUGUGCCAAUAAAGAAGAGAGAAUCGAACGCAUUGUCGAAACGCCUACGGGUAGGCAACCGUGGAUCGCGAGCUUACCAACACCACUUAACACCAACUUACCACCCGGACACAAGAGGAAGAGAUUUCACGUUUUGAGUUUCGUUUUGUAUUUUUUCGUUUAACGCGAGAAGGUAAAAUCGUUGGUUUACAGUUAUAAUUUAGCGGUUAAGAAAGUUUAGUUUAAGAAAAAGUUAGCAUAGUUUUAACCCAUUACAGUUUAUCAUUUUGUUGCUUUGUAAAUUUGAGUGUUUUUCUUUUCAUUCUUUGUUUUACAGUAGAUUUUAGAUUUCCCUAUAGAGUUGAUUUGUUUCUACCACAUAAUUUAUGUAUGAUUUGUACAACGAAUAUUGAUUGUAAUUAACCGAUAUUGGAAAUAAAGUUAUUUUACCCCCAAA